UUGAGCGCGAGUCGUCGAGCUGAACGGUUGUACGUCUCAGACACGCGUUAAAUUUAUUUAAUUAAUAUUGUCCCGAGAGACGAAAAUAAUAUAACUCGUCAAACUUUUUAUUUAAAAAUUUUUGAUAUCCAUGGUUUUGUGUUUUUUAUUUUAUUUGUGACUAUUUUAUUUUAGUUAAGACUAAAAAUUUAUAUCAAUAGAAACAAAAAAAAUUUAAGUUGACAUGGACUUUAUAUCGUAUUAAAUAUUUAAAAAUUUUUAAGUUACGUGAAAGUUUAAAGUGAUUGUUUUUUAUUUUAUUUUCAUGCUGGAAUUACUGGUUUAUUUUGGAGUGAUUGAAAAAUAAUAUUACUGGUGAUGCGUGCGCAGUACAGGAACUCGUUAGAGAAGCCAAACGAAUGUCAUCGCUAAUUUUGCUAUGGUAGCGAUAAAACCGUACUAUUAGUAAAUUGAUUUAAGUGAUAUUUAGACAAACGAAAGUGUUAGUGCGCGAGUGCAAAUUAUAAUUUUGAGUAAAUAGAGGCUAACUUUGUAAUAAUUAUUUAUUGUGAAAGUUAGAUGAUUGAAUUUGUUGCGCUAAGCGUAAUUAAAGACGUACGUAGGUGCCAAAGUAUCGUACCCUGGCAAAGGGUACGGUAGAAAGCCGACGAGGACCAGCAUCAAGAUAAAGUCACCAGUCUUGCUGUCGCGGGAUGAGCAGGAUCGGGUGCUGGCGUUAGUGGUGGACACCGUUGUCAGUGCGCCCGGGUCUCCCGGCCAAGAAGGGGGUCCUCAUCAAGGCCCCCCCGUGGGCCAGGCAGAUGCAGUGAAUGAAGAGCCACAAUCAAGGUUAAGUGGUGCUGCCAGUCCAAACCCAGUUUAUUUAGCUGAACUCGCGAAAACUCAUUGCAAACAUAUUGUAAUACAACAUACUGAGAAAGUUAAUAAGCUAUUGAAUACUCGAAGUAAUAAUUAUAGUACCCAUAUACCCGAGAGUACCAGGUUGAAUCCUUUGGCUCGCACUAGUCUCUCCAACGAAGAGGAAGUGUUGACUCGUAACCGGGCAGUUUGUCAAGUAAAUUGUGCAACUAGUGUCCAGUCAUUUGGUGUUUGUACUCGGGUCAUCAUUCCUCCUGAGAACAUAGUGCCGACAUCGAGUAAUAACAUUAGCAAUAGUAACAACAACAACAACAAUAAUAAUAGUAACAGUAACAACAAAAGCCACCGGAAAUUUAUUGAAAUUCUCGAGGGUUCCAAUCAGACUGUUAGAAACAUCAACGAGAAGCUUCUAACUAUUGCACAAGCCAUGGCACCAAGUUGGUCUAUGCGUCUCUUGGGCGUGAGUUGUGGUUCAGUGGUUUGUGCUUGGGGACUUCUGCUUGUUUUGUCUGUACUCGGUGGAGCUUCCCACAGUACCGGACUCAACGGCUAUGAUUUCGACAAUGCUGGUACCAUGGAGGACUUGAAUGGUGCCAGAUGUCCAUGGGCUUGCUCUUGUGAAGGACAGGACCUCGACUGCUCAGAACGUGGUCUUACCCAGGUGCCUGGUGAUCUAGCAGUCCUUGCCGAAAAAUUAGACCUACAGGGGAAUAAUAUUUCUGUUGUCUUUAAGACUGACUUUGAAGAUAUGGCAGCUCUUCAUGUAUUACAAUUAUCAAACAACCAAAUUCAUACAAUUGAAAGAGGAGCUUUUAAGGAUUUGGUAGCAGUAGAAAAAUUACGUUUAAACAAUAAUCAAAUUCGCUAUCUACCAGACACUCUAUUCAGCAAUAUGAUGAAUUUACGAAGACUAGAUCUUAGUCACAAUCAAAUCGCAAUGAUUGGACCCAAAACUCUGCGUGGGGUGUCUGCUUUGAAACACUUAUUAAUUGACAAUAAUGUACUGACUUGCAUCGACGAAAGUGCGAUUAGAGAAUUGAAAGAUCUAGAAAUUUUAACUUUGAACAACAACAAAUUAACAACCCUUGGGAAGGAGAUGCUGUUUGGUCUUUCACGAUUGCGUACCUUAAAACUCACGGACAACUUUCUAGUUUGCGACUGUCACCUGGCCUGGCUGUCACGCCAUCUAAAGAGUAUUCCACGACUUGGACAGCAUACAAAAUGUGCCGCGCCGGCUCAUCUCAAGGGACAAAAUCUCGUCGAUUUGCAAGAGCACGAGUUCAAGUGCCCAGGCCUUGUAGAACUUCGUACUGGAUCCGAGUGUACGGCUGAACCUCAAUGUCCACAUCCGUGCAGAUGUGCCAAUGGAAUUGUCAAUUGUCGAGAGAGUUCUUUGGAAAAAGUACCAACUCAUCUCCCUGAGGAUACCACUGAAUUGCGGCUUGAACAAAAUAGCAUUACGGAAAUCCCACCAAAGGCGUUCUCGCCUUACAGAAAAUUAUCGAGAAUUGACUUGAGUAAUAAUAAAAUAAAAAAAGUUGCUGCUGAUGCUUUUCAUGGAUUAAAAUCUCUUGAAUCUUUAGUAUUGUAUGGUAAUAAAAUAACUGAACUGCCCGGUGGUGUAUUUCAAGGACUAACUAGUUUGCAAUUACUUCUACUGAAUGCCAACGAUAUUUCCUGUAUACGUACUGAUCUAUUUCGUGACCUCACAAGUUUAACAUUGCUAUCACUCUACGAUAAUAAUAUUAAAUCACUUGCCAAUGGAACUUUUGCCAAUCUGCGAAGCAUCAGAACACUACAUUUGGCGAAAAAUCCAUUUAUUUGUGAUUGCAAUCUACGGUGGCUGAGUUUGUAUCUCCAUGAGCAUCCAAUCGAAACAUCUGGAGCAAAAUGUGAAUCACCUAAACGAGCUGCAAAGCGGAAGAUUGACGUGAUGCGGGACGAAAAGUUCAAAUGUAAGGGUGACGAAAAGUUACUGACCAAGAGAGCAGGAGAGUGCAUUUUACCGGGAGCUUGUCCAUCACCUUGUACGUGCAACGGAGCAACUGUAAAUUGUGCUGAUAAAAAACUCACUUCAAUUCCACGAGAGUUACCAAUUUAUACAUCAACACUUUUAUUGGGAAAUAAUGAGAUUGAAAAAAUCAAAGCCGACAGUUUGUUUGAAAAACUUCCUGAAUUACAACACUUAGAUCUGAGAAGAAAUAAAAUUACACGAAUAGAAGCGUCUGCUUUUAAAGGAGCUCAUCAACUUACCGAACUACUCUUGUCUGACAAUAAACUAAGAGAAGUUCACGAUAAAAUGUUCACGGGACUGGUUAACUUGAAAACUUUAAACUUGAGUGGCAAUGCAAUUACUUGUGUAAUGCCGAGUUCAUUUGAGGGACUAGCUCACAUUCAUGAGAUUAACAUGCAAGGCAAUCCUUUAUCAUGCAAUUGUCAUCUCGCGUGGUUUGCCGAGUGGUUGAGAACUCGCGACAUACCAGGCGUCAUUGGACGAUGCCACGAUCCGCCGAGAUUGAAGGACGCCCACGUUAAAGACAUUCCACGUCACGAGUUCAAAUGCAACAGCGAUAGUGUUGGCUGUCUUGGUGACGAUUAUUGCCCACCACGAUGUCACUGUGCAGGAUCAGUGGUAAGCUGCUCUAGAUCACAUCUGACGGAAAUACCCCGUGGCAUUCCACCAGAGACCACUGAACUGUAUCUUGACGUAAAUGACAUAAAAACGAUUCAACCCGAGAGACUUAGUCACUUGAGGAUGCUGACAAGAUUGGAUUUGAGUAACAACCAAAUUGUUAUGCUUGCGAAUGACACGUUCAAGAAUUUAACCAAACUAUCACAUCUAAUAAUAAGCUACAACAAACUCCAGUGUGUUCAAAAAGAUUCUCUGGCAGGACUUAAAUCUUUGAGAAUAAUUUCUCUUCAUGGAAAUGAAAUUUCAACAAUUCCCGAAGGAACAUUUGACGAUUUAAAAGCAAUAACUCACGUAGCAUUGGGUUCAAAUCCAUUGUAUUGUGAUUGUCAUAUGCGCUGGUUAGCAGAAUGGGUUAAAAAAGAUUCCGACGUAGAACCUGGGAUUGCAAGAUGCAUGGAACCUCUUGCAAUGAAAGAAAAACUUCUGCUAACAGCACCAGCAAGCGCCUUUGUUUGCAAAACCAAACAACAACCUGCCGAGGUCUUGGCCAAGUGCGAUGUGUGUUACACCUACCCAUGUCAAAAUGGGGGAUUAUGCGAGGCACUUCAGGACAGGGAAUUCCAUUGCAAGUGCACGCCAGGAUAUCACGGGGACCGGUGUCAACAUAAAAUUGACGCGUGCUAUGGAAAUCCUUGCCGGAACGCCGGAACUUGUAAAGUACUGGAAGAAGGAAGAUUCAGUUGCGACUGCGCCCCCGGUUACGAGGGACUCAGAUGUGAAAACAACGUCGACGACUGCACAAAUAACAAGUGCGCCAACAACUCAACCUGCGUGGACCUCGUUCAGGCCUACAGAUGCGACUGUACACCGGGAUUCAUGGGAGAAUACUGCCAGACGAAAAUCCCAUUUUGCACAAAAGGACACGACCCAUGUGAGAACGGAGGCCGCUGUGUUGACCACAGGACCCACUACAGUUGUGAGUGCCCAAUCGGCUUCAGUGGCCUUAACUGUUCCACAAAUUUGGAUGAUUGUGUCGAUCAUCUCUGCCAGAACGGUGCUACUUGCAUCGAUGGCAUAAAUAAUUACGAGUGUAAGUGCCCGGCGGAAUACACAGGAAGGUAUUGUGAAGCAGCGCCUUCGACAGCUUUACUUUAUCCACAAACAAGUCCGUGUGCUCAUCAUGAUUGUCAACACGGCGUUUGCUUCCAACCUUCUUCUGAUUCUGCAGCGGGUUAUCUUUGCCAGUGCCAUCCCGGUUACACUGGAAAACGAUGUGAGUACCUGACGAGCCUGAGCUUCGUGGACAACAGCUCGCUGGUCGAGCUAGAGCCGCUUCGCACGAAGCCCGAGGCUAAUGUGACCAUCGUCUUCACAACCACUCACGAAAAUGGGGUUUUACUCUACGACGGUAUAGAGCAAAGUGGUGAACAUAUUGCAGUUGAACUAUUUAACGGUCGUGUACGAGUUUCCUAUGACGUUGGAAACUAUCCAACCUCUACAAUGUACAGCUACGAAAUGGUCUCAGAUGGAAAGCCACAUAUGGCCGAGCUUAUUGCAAUAAAGAAGAAUUUUACUCUGAGAGUAGAUCGAGGACUUGCUAGAAGUAUUAUCAAUGAAGGCACUAGGGAAUAUCUCAAGCUCAAUACUCCAAUGUACGUUGGCGGUGUACCAUCCGAAGUUGCUACUAACGCAUUCUCACAAUUUCACCUGAGAAAUGUAACCAGUUUUCAAGGUUGCAUAUCAGGAAUGUGGAUAAACCAUAAGUCAGUAGACUUUAAUAACGCUGCCAAGAUGCAUCGCGUGACUCCUGGAUGUGCUUCUGGUGAAGAAGAGGCCGAUGAAGCUGGUAAGGAUAUCGUUGAAGCAGCUGAAUCUAAUAACAGUGGUAACAUUGAAGACUCUAUGCAGCAUGAACAUGUUGUGCACGAUAAUUCAGAUAUCGUUGUAUCAGUACCAGGCGCAAGUAUUAUCGAUCCUUGUACAAGUCACGAAUGCCAUAAAGGCUCACAAUGUGUACCAUCUCUAUUCGGAAAUGGUUACUCUUGUCGGUGUCAGACUGGCUGGCAAGGCCGAUAUUGCGAGAAAGCGCCAACGUGUCGUAAAGAACACACACGAGAGUAUUACAGCGAAAACGGUUGCCGCAGUAGGCGUCCAGUUAAACUAGCUAAAUGCUGGGGCAGCUGUGGUAAUUCAUGUUGCCUACCACGAAAAACUAAACGUCGUAAGGUCCGCUUGAUUUGUGCUGACGGGAAACGGUACACAAAAGACGUUGACUUAAUACGUAAGUGCACAUGCACACGUAAAUGCUACUAGACUGGAACAAAUCAAUUGCCAAUUCAUCACACCGUCAUAUAGGAUUUUUAAAAAAUAUAAACUUAAAAAUAAACCCCAUUAUUCCAUAUUUAAUAUUCAUCAUUAAAUUUAGGCAUUUGUUGUUUUUUUUAAUUUUUUUGUACGUGCCUAUUUAAUACUUAAAUAAAAACAAGUAAUUAAUUAUCAAACAGUGAGUGACGAGGUGCGGAUUAAAUUUGAUGGACACACACAGCCGGCUCAGUGUGAUAUGUAUUAUUAAGAAUAAUAUUAUAAUAUAAUUAUUAUUAUUAUUAAAGUAAUAAUAAUUAAUUCAUAGAUAUAAAUUAAACAUUAAUUGUUUAUUAAUUAUUCAUAUUAAAUAAGUAUUUGUAUAAGGACAUAUUUUUAGUAUUAAAAUUAUGUACAAGCACGUAUCGAUUUAUUUGCUGUUUGAUAAUCAAAUUUAUUGUAUACGUGCUUGUAUUUAUAUAAAUAUACGAUGGGCUAUAAAAUAUUGAAAUAUAUGUAUUAUAUGAUUCGACGAAAUGAUCAAUUAAUCGCAUUUUAAAAUCCACGAUUAUAUUGCGAUUAAAUUUGUAAAUGAAACGACGCAUAGCAAACGUAAAAAAUUGAAUUUUCAAUAUCCCAAAUACGGUAAAAAUUGGGAUUCUGUUGAUACUUGGUACGUAAAUGGUCAAAAUAAUUAAUUCUUCUCGCUCUCCUGCCUUGGAAUUAAAAAAAAAACAUCAAGGUUUAAAAAUGUGUGAUGAAGCGAUUUAAUAAAAAAUAGUUACGAUUGUAAUAAAAUGGACUAUUAUAUAUAUGUAUAUAUAUACCCAUGUAAAAAAAAUUCGUUCCAAAAACGUUCAUGACAGUGAAGUUCUAAAAUUGAGACAAUUUUGACCUGUAAGUUAAAUGUUUUUGGAACUUUGAAAAAUUAGAACGUGAACAAUUUUCACCAGGUGAGGGCUUGUCCUGCACGUAUUUUUUAAAUUUUUGAGCAAAAAUAAUUUGACGACAAUUUUUUGGGAAUGAAGAACAUUAAAAAAAAAAAAAAAAACGGAAUUAAGUAGGAAUUUUGAAAUUUACGACUCUUACCUGAAUUGUUCAGGUAUGAGGCAAAAAAAAAUAAACAUGGUUUGAAAAUAUUUGUAAACAUUUUUUGAUUUUUAUUAGAAGUUUUUGGGAAGAUUAAUUUUUUUUUACUUUUUGACUUGUUCAAAAAUAGUCAAAAAAUUGAGUGAUUGGACCUAAUUAUGAACUCACAAAAUCGUCAAUUCAAAUCAUUUUUGUUUACAAAAUGAGAAAAAAAAAACGUCCACACUAGUUUAAAAUUUUUCACACUUGUAAUUAUUUUAAAAUUCCAAAAAUAUUCCACUCAAAGUUUAGAAUUGUCUUAAUUUUAAAAGUUCACUGUCAGGAACAUUUUUGGAACGAAUUUUUUUUUACAUGCGUAUAUGUAUAAAUAGGAAAAUAAACAAAUACUAGUAAUGGAUAAUUUUAAAAAAUAUUUUUUCAAUUUGAGAAUAUUCAUCAUAAUUUAAAUUAUAAAUGAACUUAUUUCUUUAUAAAUACAGUGUACCUAAUUCACGAACACAUUAUCCACUGCCAAUAUUAAGUUUAUUUGUAUCCAUACAUUUUUUUCUUUUACUAUUCACAAGUAUUUUUAUUUUUAUCUCUUAGCAUUCACUGUAAAUUGAUUUAAUAGUAAAAAUAUUUUUGUAAGACCAUUUUAAAUGUUGAGAGCUUGGACGAAAAUUUGUUUCAACAUUUCGUAUUAAUUAUACAAUAAUAUUAUUUUAGAUUAAUAAAAUAUGUAAUUGAUUAAUAAUUAGUAUACACAAACGAUUAAAAGUAAAAUAUUUUUUAUACGAGUUUUUUUAUUUUUAAAUUUUUAACGAGAAUUUUACGUUUUAAAUUAUUGAUUGCAAUAAAAUUUUUUUAUUUUUAAAUAUUUUCAAAGCUUCAAAUUGAGAUAUAAUAAAAUUAAUAGGUCAAUUAAAAAUACGAUCAAAUAAAUCAAUUAAAUAUAUGUAGUUACAAAGCUAUCAAAUUAAAUUGAAUAAUUUAAUUUAAUUUAUUUUGCAUACAGUAAAACUCGAGAUUAGUAAUAAUUUAUCGAGAAUACUGUGUCCAAAUUCUCAAUAUUAUUUAAAUUAAAAGUAAUUAAAAAAUAUAAAAAUGAAGUAAAAUACACUUGUAAAUUUUAAACACAAAUACCUAAACAUAUAACACAAUAAAAUAUUAUUAUUUCAUAAAAAUAAAUUAAUGACUAGGGUGUGUGAAUAGUUUGAAGUUACGAAUUAUUCGUAUUGAAUCGAAUCGAACUAUUCGAUUUGAAUUUCGAAUUUUUCGUAAGUUUUUAAAUUAUUUGAAAAUUUACGGAUAAUUUCAAAAUUUUUUUUUCAACGACUUAAAACUGUACAUAAAAUAGUUUUUCGAGUAAUUCAAAUUUUUUCCGAGGUAAAUGGAGCUUACACACGAAUCUACGAAAAAAUUAUUUUUGGUUACUUUAAAAACUAAACUCUCCAUUAAAUAAAAACUGAAUAUUUGAAAGCUGAUGAGAAUUUUCUCGAUUCCAAUCGAGUAAUUUGAGAAGUUAAAAAUAAUUUAAAAACUUACGGACAAUUAUAAACGACGAAUAAUUUGAUACGUUACGAAUAAAUAGAAAAUUUUCGAAUAAUUCAAAACUUUUCAAACAAUUCGAAAUUCGAACGCGAUUCGCACAUCCCUGUAACAUUCAAAUAGAUGUAUUAUAAUAACAUUCAAAUGAAAUAAUUUAAUGGUAUUAUUAUUUAAGUCCACUAUAAUUGUUAAAUAAUAACAUUUAUUUCGAAAAUAUUUUUUUUAUUCUAUAUUAAAUCAGAUGGUGACCAAUGAUAAAUGAAUUAUAAUGUGAAACAAAAAAUAAAAUAACGUAUCUAUAAAUAAAUGACGACAAAAGUAAUUAUUGAUAAAUAGAUACGUCUUUAUGGACAAUAAUAAUGAGGAACCGAAAGUAGGUGUCUAUAGUUAAUGCGAUAAAGAGUAUCGGCAUGUAAAGGAUUGUGCUUCCUUUUUGUCUUUUACAUAAUAAUAAUUAAAAUAAAAUAAUAAUUACUUGCAAUAAAAUUGCUGAGAAAAAAAAAACCCUUAAUAAUUGGUGUAAAAAUUUUUAACUGGUAGGAAAUUAUUUGAUUUUAAAUCAAUCAUAAUUGCAAGUCGUUAAAUUUUUCAAUAGAAUUAAAUAUUAGUAUCAACAAAAAAAAAAAAUAACCGUAAAAAAAAGUAAUUAAUUCUUUAUAAUUAUUAUUAUUAAAAUAAAUGCCAUGAACUUUUUUGGAUGACACUGAAAGUGAAUUUUCAAAUUAUUGUCAAAAUGCGAUUAUUAAAUACCGAUAGUGAGUCUAUGAAUAAAAUGCGAAAGAAAGAAUGAAGAAAUGUGUGAAUGAUAGAUAUAUGGACGAAUGUUUUAAAGAAAUGACUGAUAUAGAUCGAAAGUAAAUUGAAAAUAAAUUUAUAUAUAAUUAUUACCGAAAAAACUGAUGAAUGCAAAUUUAGCAGCCGAAAAAAAAAAAAAAAUGAAAAAUAAGUGUAUUUAAA